AUGGACGUCCGUACCAAGCUUAUAGGAGACAGGUGUAAGGUUUGCGGUUGUGCAACCAACGCAUGCUGCAAGAGGUGCAAGGUUGUCUUCUACUGCUCCGAGAUGCACCGUCAACGCCAUGCUGAAAAGCACAACGAAGCCUGUCUCGAGAUCGAAGCUGCUAAAUUGAACGUGGAAGAUGCUGAAAGGGCCUUCACCCAUAACACGGGCUGCCCUGAGCGUAGAAGUAUCAAGGGUAUGGUCGCCAGCAUCCACAAUGGCAAAGCUCCGAGCCUUGAGAACAAAUGCUUGUGCACAGGGCAAGCUCAUGCUAUCCUGUUUGCUCGCUUCAAUUUGAUCCGUGCCUACCUCCAAGUCAACACCAAGUGUUCAGUUGUCAAUGCUUGUAACGUAGCCAUUGAAACUCAAUAUCUUGGACGAUGUGAUCCAAUGGUAAUCCGUUGCAUCACCGCCAACCUCAUGAUCCGUGUUGGGAAUAAGCAAAACGCUUACGAUUUCAUCAAGUACUGGCUCGUUAACGGCGAUCAAUACGUUUGUACCACCAAAAAACCCGAGCCCUUCCUUGACAUUCGCAAUGCGGAUGCUUUCGAACCUUGCAAGAAUCUCUUUGACGCUUUCGAGGAAGCCGACAUGGAUCCCCCAACCUCUUUCCUUGUCCCACUUGCUCUGAUCAAGUUCAAACUCCUCGCCGAUAUCAAGCAAUUGCGUAACUUGCAGCUUCUUCGAACCAAGUUACCAUUCGACGUCGUCUACCUGAUAAAGCCUUUCUUCCACACCACCGAUAUCAUGGAAAACAGAAAGGACAUUCGCCUCAUCGACACCGUUUCUGGCUACGACAAACUCAUCGAGACGUUGGAAGAUGACCUCGAUCUCCUUUUCGAAAUCGUCGGAAGGGCUUUCGAGGGCCGAUAUGUUGUCUGGAGAUGUUUCUUUGAGAAGAGCCCGGUGAAGCAAGCCAGAAGAUAUUCGGAAGAAGUUCAGACGGUCUACAAGUAUAGUGCCGAUGCCUGGAUGGAAACCAAAGGAGGUUACGAAUGGAUUUUGGGAAAGUUGGCUGAUGCUUGCAACAAGAAGUUGACCGCGGAGAAUUGUACCCAGGCUGCUAUUCGAGUUGCUGCUCUCUACAAGGCUCUCAGAUCCCAAUACGCGGAUGAUGAUAGUGACGACGAAUAUGGCCAUUAUGGCGAAGAUAGCUCCGACGAAGAAGAUAGAUAUUACAACGAGAAUGGAUAUUACUACGACGAAUAUUAUGAUUAUGACGAGGAGGAAGAAGAAGAUGGCGAGGCUGACGAUGGAACUCAUCGCAACAUCGGUAUUAAUGAGAAUGGUUACAAAAUUGACUAUGACCUCAUGUACCGAGACCGCCCAUAUAAGGAGGUCUACGAACACUUGUCCGAAAGUUUCGGUUUUGGUUUCGACUAA